AUGGUCAAAGUAGCAGUUGCUGGUGGCACAGGAAAUGUUGCGACCAACGUGCUUAAAGCCUCCAUCACCUCUGGGAAACAUGACAUCACCAUCCUCACACGAGCGCUUCCCAAGACGACCUCACCAGGCAUCGCAUACAAACAAAUCGAUUAUUACGAUCUGACAAGCUUAACGUCCGCACUUCAAGGUUUUGAUGUCUGUCUCUCAUUCCUGGUCGCUCAUCUAGAUCCCCAUUGCAUUGUGCAGAAGAACCUCAUCCAUGCUUGCAUCGAGGCAGGAGUACGGCGUUUUGCUCCUUCUGAAUGGGGUAUCAAGAACAACUCCGGUGUGCCUCCGUAUGAGAACAAAGACACAAUCGCCCGUUAUCUCGCCGAGUUGAAGGACACGGGCAUGUUGCAUGGACUGGAGUAUUGUCUUUUCCAGCCAAGCAUCUUCGUGGAUUACUUCGCACAUCCUCAUCCACUGUCCCCCGAGCUCUUCACAUGGCCUUUCUUCAUCGACUUUGAACAGCGGCGUGCUAUAGUGUUGGACGAUGGCGAGCAUCCUCUAGUUCUGACUGCUAUUUCUGAUGAUUCGGAAAUGUUAGCCCUUGCUUUAGAGGACUCGCGACCAUGGCCUGAAGUGGGUGGCAUUCGCGGCUGCAGCACCACCAUCAAUAAACUUAUUGCGCUGGGCAGAGAGAUUCGCGGCGGCAAAUGGAGCAUUGAGCAUGUGAGCAGCGAAGAUAUAGCACAGGGGCAAUUGAAGACUAGUUGGGUGCCAGAAGUCAGUCAUCCCACUGUUCCGCAGGAGAGCAGAGACGUGUUUUCCAAAGACUUUGUUAUCUGGUUUCUUCAGGCAAUCGCCAACGGGAGCUGGAAUGUAAGUGGGGAGUGGAAUCAAAGAUUUCCCCAGUAUAGAUUUUGGGAUGCGGAGGAGUAUCUGAGAAAGGCUUGGGAGGGGAGUACAUGA